UCUUGGCCGUGUGCGGUUGCCAUUGAAGUGCGUGCGUGCCUGCGUUCGUUCGUUCGUUCGGUUGUUCGUUUCCUUCUCUAUUUUCCUUAGUCCUGAGUGAGCGACCGCGGAGUGGAGGGGUGGCUACGUUUUCCGUGAUAUCUACCUCCUACAUGUUUGUCUGGUUUCUGUGCAGUUUUUUCCGGUUUUGAUUUUGCUAUCUGAACUGAAAUAGCAUACAGUUUCGAACGAAAAUAUUCACAGCCGCCCGGAUCGGUUGAAUCGGCGACACGUAACGGAUUGAAAUUGGUGUUAUUCUAAGUUUGGCAAGUAAUUUUGAUGAAGCUAUAAAGAUUAAAUAUGGCCAAAUUGGCGAAAAAUCUUCCGGAGAACGUUAUGAAUAUCAAGAAGAAAAUCUAAUGCGUUCAUAUUCUACGGGCAAAUUAUUGGCGAGAUAGAUUAAAAACACAAUGCUUAUUCUCACCCUAGUAGAGAAUCGGCAGUAGUGAGGCGGUAACGUGUGGUUGAUCUCACCGGCAAAUAAAAUCUAUUCGAAGAUGGUAGAAGAAAAUUUCAGUGCAGUGUAAAAUGUCAAAUGUGAUUUGAAUAUUUCGGUUUCAGUAGCGAACAGGUUUAGUAAAGUGUGAAUUGUGCGUUGUGUUAAACGAUAGAUUCAGAUCAAUUCUGUUCAAUGCUAUGAAAAGUGAUUUUCUACGUUAUACAUGUAUAGAAAGAUUUAUUGAAACUUCAUCGGCUGAGCCACCGAUCGAUGCUGAAUGAAAAGAAAUAUGGCGUAAGACACUGGAUGUCUACACUGCUCAAACUAUAAUUAAGUUACGACUCCAAACAAGGCCAAAUUCAACGAACCAUCAAUCCGUUACUUCCAAGCAUCAAUGCAAGAUGGCACUGGUAAUGUUACCAUGCGAUCUACCCUGGUGGUCCAACGUCCAGAAGAAACUCAUCCAAAUCGAGGAGGCACUCUCACUGGAUGUGAUCGUCGAAGUGAUGCAGAAAUUGCACGAACUGUGCAACGUAAGUCUCGAUCCGGACGACGACGGCAAAGACAAUGCGGUAUUCGACGGGCUGCGACACUUUGUCGAGCAGACACUGUCCGGGGAGGAGCGGAAACAUUUCCUGCAUCACACCAUCAAACAUAUCGCCCGGCAUGCACGGGAUCUCAAAUUGCACCGUCCACCGCGAGGGCUUAGCUUCAGCCUUCAGCAACAGCCCGAUUGCUACGAGCUUGGAUACCGGCUGGUGGCAUCCCUCCUGGCGAAUGCCUUCUUCUCCACAUUUCCAAAACGUACCGAAAAAACUCAUCCGACGCUACAAGACUUCAAUUUUACAUAUUUUUUUAGAGGUUUAGUAGACAAUAACGUACAAAAGGCCAAAUUCCGGAGCUUCCUCAACUAUUUCGACAGGUUAGCGGCUAAUCCGCAGAUGUUAGAUGGGACACUUAAAGUAAGCAGGAAAGUUUUGACUGGGAAGCAGUGGCUAACGAUAGAGGAUUGGUUGGAGUGUGGUUUGCCGUUGUGUGAUGUAGAAAUCAAGCACGAAGGGCGUUUGGACAAAGCUUGCUCGGAUACCAUGCAGACGGUAUUUGCCAACGCUCGAUUGGGUGGGAAUGUGUUAGCUGAUGGAGACUCGCAAGAAUCGGUGCAAUUUUUCACCUUCCCCGAAAUGUUGGCUGUGUUGUUGUACGUGGAGGCUUUAGAGGACAAUGAGUCGCUGCAGAUUGAAAAUGCUCACCAUAUGGCUCGGAUAUUGGAACCUUGGGGGAGGGCACUGUUUGAGACUAUCGAGCAGCCCAAGAAAACGUCUCUGUGUUGCAUAGAUGCGGAGAACUAUCGAGCGAUUCCUUCACAUCAAUUCGAAGAGGAUGACAUCCUGCGUGAGUUGAACAAGUGCCUUUUAGCUUUUAGACAGAAUACAACCUGUCCGGUGGUGGAACCGAAGCCAAGCGAAAAGCAACGACCGACUCGAUUAGAUCAGUUAGAGACAAACUCCAGCUUAGGUAGACUAUCUCCGAUUGGAGAACGAGACCGGGAGGGCUCGACCCCGGGAUCACCAGAUGUGUUUACUACCAUAUUCAUUCGGCAGCCCACUUCCAACUCGAAACGUUCCAGCAGCGACUCAAACAAGCUGGAGAAAGACAUCAAUAAAAGACGUUCGUGGCUGUCCCCGGAAAGACCGCUGGGGAAUGGAUCUCCCCUGCAUAGCUCAACGGGAUCCACGAGUGGAGUGGUAUCGGGCGGUCACCGAGGGAAGUUUAUAAUCCUGGGCUCAUCGGGUGAAUGCCUUCCCGUAAAUCGGCAUCCGUUACAGAUCGCAACUGGUACGGACUCAUUUUCCAGCUGCGAAUCUAGUAACGAUGAAUUCCACAGUGCUCGAGGUAGUUUCGACGAAGACGACGAAGAUGGGUUGCGAGCGGGGAAGUACUCAACCGAGCUGGACACCCCGGAGAGAAGGUACAGUUUUGCUCAAAAACUGCGUGAGGCGUUGCAAGACAAUAAUUCCGUUAGCACGGAAGAUAGCAAUUAUGCGGUAGGGAUUAGUGUGGCUGGAUCUCAAACGAGGGACGCCGACAUUCGGGUGAGAAGGGGCGGUUCGUAUGGGUUCGUACUGGACGGAUCAAUGGGUAGUACUUCGGAGGAGAGAGAUUGGUUCGACCGAUGUAACCGAAAGCCGAAUGGACUGCUGGAAAGAAAGGAAACAAACGAGUCUUCCAGGUACAGCUUCGAUUCGGAUUUGGGAUCGGAGUUGGAGGAGGUUUACGAGAAGUUUGCAAAGUGGCUCGAAGAACCAAUCAGUAGUGACAAACCGAAGAAAUUAGAUGCCCGAGAUGAAGCUGUGCUGAGAUUUGCCAAUUCCCUGUUGAAACGAACACUGAGUGAAAGUUUUGUUGGUAUACCGUUGACUGACGACGGGUUGACUGAAGAUAAGUGUGUAGAUGGAACUGUGAUCACAAGCAAUGGAAAUCAGAAAAGCAAGGUAGUUCUGAACGUAAGGUCUCUUUCGUUGGAAUUGGCAAAGCACAAACACAAACUUGCAGCACAGUUGCGCAAUGAGUAUCUCGCUUUGGAGCCGGCUAAGCUCUUCAAGUGCCCCAACAUUCAGCUGAACCAAACGGACCAGCGGAAACUGCUGCACAGGUUACGUUCCAGCAGUUCGAUUUGUUCCACCACAUCCGAAGUACGCCCGGUGGUUCCUCCGCGGGUGAAAAAGAAGACCCGCAAAAGACCCUCCGAGCGGCAGUCGUCGCUUAAGGUUCGACUACAGAACUACAAACCGAACUGGUCCGUUUCCUAUUAUCAGGAUGUCAAAUGCGAUGAUGUAACGCUCAAGAUAUCACAACUAGCUCAGAAACGGACAUUCAAUGUGAAUCUAAGACCGGUGGCAACCGGUAACUGGGGUUGUGGAGAUUCCAAACGAGGUGACGUCCAGCUCAAGAUGGUGAUCCAGUGGAUGGCUGCCAGCGUUGCCGGUUUACCAUAUCUAAUCUAUUACACCGCCGGAAGCGAUAAACUUUCAAAGCUGGACACAAUCUGUCGAAUUCUAAAGGACCGCAAGUGGACCGUAGGUGAACUGGCCGCCGCUACACUAGCCCACUCCAAGGACAUCCUUGAGGAUCCACUGUACUACAACAACGACCGAAGUUACAGUUUCUUUUUUGACAAACUGAUCGGUUUGGAACGAGCCGGACAGUAAACAGUCGCCGCACGGAUGCAAAGUAAACACUCGGAAUGAAAAAAAGACAGCCUAGUAUAGACCGAAGGGAUAGUGCUUAUCAUAGCCGAUCGAAACAUGCGAGUAAAUUCGUCAAACAAAAGCAAUAUUUACUGAUAUAUAAUACUGUACAGGAAGUAAUUUAUACGUUAGACAAGGCAGGGAGAAAAACACAGUUGUGUGAAUAUGCGAAUAACUGAACUCGAGAGCAAGCGCCACAUACAAAACCAGAUGAUAAAGUCUUCCUUUGAUGACCUAUAAAACUCAAAUAGAAAAGUUUCUUUUUUACAUGACAGACAAGAAGGCAAGUAGUGAUCUUAUUCGAUAGAUAGACAUUACAAAAGACUUAUGUAAUUACCGUUUUAAACUCCAUGGAAAAGCAUUGCCCGAUAUUGCUACAAAUGAAACAAAAACAGCCAUGUUUAAUUGUUUUGUCAAUAUAUAGAUGAUACUAAACAAGAAUGCUUCCCACAACCUGGACAGUUAGCCAAACAUUAUUAUUGAAUAUGUAUAUAAAAUCGUCGACUAACUACUAAAGCAGAUUUCACAUGUUCUGCACAUCAAAAACCCACACAAAAACAGUAAAACAAAAGUGUGAAUGACAAGUAUAGAUACCCAAUAUAAAGACUGGAUAAAACCAAAACUCGAACUACGUCUACUUUUCAGUUAAACAACGUAGGGCUAUAUUAUAUACUUUUUAUGAAUAAUAGCUUGGCUCAUUUCGAACUUUGACCCAGUCUUUAUAUAUGAUGUGUCUAUGACCGGAUUGGACCGGACCACCUUGGGCAGGAAACAACAGCAAGUGUGCAACCGAUCAUUUGUGAAAUAUAAUUAUUAUACAAAACGUUUUAUAUAGAAUUAUACGCUUACCAAAGAAGAAAAUAAAGAUGAUGUAAAGAAA